AUGGCUUUCACUUCAAUUCUUCGCAGAUCGGCCUCCUCUUUGGCUCCAUUGGCCAGCCGACUCGCUCGGGGCAAUCGAUCUUACCAUGGUGCUCUCGUCAACGCCAUAAACCACGUCAAUCACUCCUACAAGUCCACUCUGACCCCUUUUGUUCCGACCCCUCGCUAUUAUUCCAGCCACAGUUCGGACCAGUCUCUUCUCAAGGUUAUCGAUGCAGAGAUAAAGUGCGCUGAGGAGACCGAUGAUCUUGACAAGGCUGAAGAGAUUCCAAGUGGCUUCCCUUUUCAAAUUGAAGAUACUCCCGGAGCCCAAAUAGUGACACUGAAAAGAACAUAUCAGGGUGAAAACAUAGUAGUUGAAGUUCACAUGCCUGAUCUAGUUACUGGUGAUGAAGAAAACGACGGUGACCAGGAUGGUGAUGAUGAGGAUGGAAGUGCUAAUAAGUCCAGCCUCCCGUUUCUCGUAACUGUUUCCAAGAGUGAUGGACCUUCUCUUGAGUUUAGCUGCACUGCUUUUGCUGAUGAGAUUGAAAUUGACAGCUUGGCAGUGAAAAAUCCAGAGAAUUCUGAGGAUCAGAUUGCCUAUGAGGGGCCUGACUUCCAUGAUUUGGAUGAGAACCUUCAGAAGGCAUUCCACAAGUAUUUGGAGAUUAGAGGAAUCAAGCCCAGCACAACCAAUUUCUUGCAUGAGUACAUGAUCAACAAAGACACCAGAGAAUAUGCGAAUUGGUUGCAGAAACUGAAGCAGUUCGUUGCAGCAUAA